UUUGGUGGUUUUUUGUGGCCUAGUCAGACCUUUGUUAAAUCUUUUAUUAGUUGACAUAAAUAGCAUGGUUAUUGUUAAAAUGACUAAUGAGAUAAUAAAAGAUUAUAUAAACUCCAGAGCUGAAGUGAGAACACUUCUUGUGUUUACGUGUGGGUGAUGUCAGGUUGAAAGUUUAGUAGAUUUCUGCUUUCUAUGACUUCUAGAAUUUCACUGUCUGGCUCUUCUUUUCAGCUGGAAUGUUUUAUUCCUAUUCCUUGCACAACUGACAGUAGUGGAAGUUGAGAAACAUGAGAGGUGGGAAGCUUGUAAGUGAAUCUCUUCCUGACUGGGAAAAUAGAAAGUGCUGUUACCUCAUUAGCUGCUUGCAGUGGCGAACUGGAACAGCACACAGAGAGACGGGGAGUCAUCUAUAGUCCUUCUUGGCCAUCAAACUAUCCUCCAGCCGUAAACUGCAGCUGGUACAUUCAAGGAGAUCAUGGAGACAUGAUAACAAUUAGUUUUAAGAACUUUGAUUUGGAAGACUCUCAGAAGUGUGCGGUAGACUGGUUGAUGAUUGGCCCAUCUUCCAAGAGGGAGGAGUACAAAGUGUGUGGAUCUUCCAUACCUCCAUCUUUCAUCUCUGCAAGGGACCAUGUGUGGAUAUUUUUUCACUCAGAUGCAUCAAGCUCAGGACAGGCUCAGGGAUUUCGCCUUUCUUAUAUUAGAGGAAAGAUAGGUCAGUCUGUGUGCCAGUCAGAUGAAUUCCAUUGUGCAAAUGGCAAGUGUAUUCCCAGUACUUGGAAGUGUAACUCCAUGGAUGAGUGUGGCGAUAACUCAGAUGAGAAAAAUUGCACUGUCCCUCCAACAGACCCUCCAUCCAGCAUCUGUCCCUCAGGAAUGUUUCAGUGCAGCGCAGCCCACUCCACCAAAUGCUUGAUGAACGAGCUGAGGUGUAAUUCGGUUAAAGACUGUGGUGAUGGUUCAGACGAAGAUAAUUGUCCUGAUCUUUCCUGUGGCAAAAGGCUGGGUAAUUUUUAUGGAUCUUUUGCUUCCCCAGACUUAUUCCGUGCUGAUCACAGCAGAUCAGACCUUCGUUGCACGUGGUAUGUCGACACACAGGAUAAUCGGCAUGUUCUGUUGCAGCUCAGCUUGCAGUUAGGCUACAAUGACUACGUAAAGGUGUAUGAUGGCAUCGGAGAGAGAGGUGAUAAAUUAAUGCAGACGUUUUCACACCACAACAACAGGCAUUCGGUGAGUGUGGAGUCAUCAAAGGGCCAACUCACUGUCUCGUAUCAUGCCCGCUCCAAGAGCACGGGCCAUGGAUUCAAUGCAACGUAUCAGGUGAAAGGCUAUUGCCUUCCUUGGGAGCACCCUUGUGGAAGUGAUGAGGAGUGUUUCACAGAUAAGCAGCACUGUGAUGGCUGGUGGCAUUGUCCAAAUGGCAAGGAUGAGGAGAACUGUCCUGCUUGCCAGAAGAAUGAAUACCCAUGUGAAGGAAACAGUGGGCUUUGUUACUCAAUACUUGACCGCUGUAAUAACCAGAAGAACUGUCCAGAUGGCUCAGAUGAAAAAAACUGCUUUACUUGCCAGCCGGGAAAUUUCCAUUGUGGGACAAAUCUGUGCAUCUUUGAGACUUGGCGCUGUGAUGGCCAAGAAGACUGCCAGGAUGGAAGUGAUGAACGUAACUGCCUGGUCAUCGUUCCCAGGAAAGUCAUCACAGCUGCUCUGAUCGGGAGUCUCGUGUGUGGCUUGCUGCUAGUGAUAGCACUGGGUUGUGCAUUUAAAUUAUAUUCUCUGAGGACCAGGGAAUACAGAGCAUUUGAGACUCAGAUGACACGACUGGAGGCAGAGUUUGUGCGGCGGGAAGCUCCACCUUCUUAUGGACAGCUGAUUGCACAAGGACUUAUUCCCCCAGUUGAAGACUUCCCUGUGUACAAUGCAUCACAAGCUUCUGUGCUGCAGAACAUUCGCACAGCCAUGAGGCGGCAGAUGAGACGCCACUCGUCAAGACGGAGCUCAUCUCGGCGGCGCUUGGGCAGGCUCUGGAACAGACUCUUCCACAGACCUCGGGUGAGAGGACAGAUCCCCCUGCUGACACCUGCCCGCACCUCACAGACUACACUGGGUGAUGGAAUCAUCAGCAGUGCUGAUGGGGCCGUUCAGAGUCCUCUACCUUCCCCUGAAGGACCUAGUCUAGAGGCAAAUGGCCAAGCCAGGGGCCCACAAGAAGCUGGAUGUAGCAGCCUGCAGCCAGAGACUGAAAUUACAGAGCCAUCGCCUUCCAACAUCUUCCAGCCAAAUACUUGCACAGCAGCACAUGCAGAACCUGAGGCUGGACACACCGAUAAAUCUUUAAGUGCUGACUCUGACAGAGAGCUUAAGCAGUCCAGUAAAGUAGAUACAGGAAAAGCUUUCAGAGAUCCUUUAUCUGAAAGUGUAACAGAAAUGAUCCAUGGAGGGUCAGUAUCCAGGACUGUCCCAGAGGACAGUAGUUUAAGUGGAAGUCAUCCGCUGAGUGAAGAUCCAUGUAGAUUACCCUUAAAAAAGUGGGAGUCUGGUUAUCCAGACAGCCCUAUGGAUGUUCAUAUCCAAGUGAAUGGACAAAACCAAUGUUGCCCUAACUCGUACCAGGAGGAGCCUUUGGGUGUUCAUGCAGCUUGUUGCCAUUCUGUGGAAGUGCCAAUGUUACAGUCAUCUACUUCCCUCUCUGAAAACAAUACCAGUGAUGAUGAAUCUUUACUUGUUUGCUAAUAAAAGUUUUUGUUUUGUCCAUGUAAA